AUGAAAAGAACAAAAUCUAAUUUUUUUAAUGAUCUUUAUAAUCAGCCGUAUGAUUACAAUGCUAAAGUUAAACUUUAUAACAGUUGUAAAGCAAGUUUAGAGUUGGUGCAGAGGAUGUCACUUUUGAAACGUCUAAAGGUACAUAAUGGAUGUGUUAAUUCAAUAUGUUGGAAUCAUAAUGGUGAAUACAUACUCUCAGGCAGUGAUGAUCAGCAUCUAGUCCUUACUAAUGUUUAUAAUUAUAAGGUUUUGAAAGACUAUAAAACUAGCCAUAGAGCUAACAUAUUUAGUGCCAAAUUUUUGCCAAAUAAUGGUGAUCAUCGCAUUGUAUCGUGUAGUGGGGAUGGAAUGAUUCUUUAUACAGAUUUAAUGAGAACAUCUGAGACUUUUCACAAUCAAUUUACAUGUCACAAUGGUACUACUUAUGAAAUAGCAACAGUUCCUGGUGAACCACACAGUUUUCUAAGUUGUGGAGAAGACUGUAGUGUUCGAUAUUUUGAUCUUCGUGUUAAGUCUGCAUGUAAUACGCCUAGGUGUAAAGAGGAUAUACUAAUAUUAAGACAACGGCCAGUAACAGCAAUGUCAAUAAAUCCUGCAAUGCCACAUUAUUUAGCGAUUGGUUGUUCCGAUAGCUCUGUUGGGAUUUAUGAUCGUCGAAUGUUGAGCAUCGGCGAAAGAAAUUGGACUGAUGAGAAAAGUGUAAAUUGGACGUCUCCAGUAUCAGUGUUCACAGUACCAGAAUUCGAAGGACAUGCAUAUCGGAUAACGUCUUUGUGUUAUAGUCCUGAUGGCAAUGAUGUGCUCGUCAGUUACAGUAGUGACCAUAUCUAUUUAUUUAGCGCAAAGCAUCAAGGGAGUGUCUGUUUGAAAAAAGAUUGUCUAUCUGAAAAGAGUACAAAUAAGCGACCACCAGUAAGAUCUCCUCAGCCAGUUCGAAGAUUAAGAUUACGUGGAGAUUGGUCUGAUACUGGCCCAGACGCUCGACCUGAACGUGAAGGUGGACGUCGAAGUGGAGAAAUAGCACAAGCUCGGCCUAUGCUACAUACAUCAUUAAUGCAACGGAUGACUGAUGUCCUCAGUAGAAUGUUGAAUGAUCCAGCUACAAGAGCUGCUUUGAGCGGCGAUGGCGGUGAUAAUAUUCAAGGAGUUAUUGAUCAACAUACUGAAAGCCAACAACCAGAAGAAUCUAUCGAAAUUAAUGAAGAAAGAAGUAAUGAAGUGCAAGUUAUGGAAACUGAACCAAAUUAUCCAGCAUUAGAAGAUAGUCAAGAUAAUAAUAUGGAAAUUGGAGAAGAAAAUAAUUUAAAUUCAAAUAAUUCUGAGGUUGUAAGUGCUAAUGAACUUGAACAAAGUUCAGCUAUAAAUAACUCAUCGUCUGAAUCCGCAGACGAAAUAAAUAUAAUAAAUGAACAGUCUGAACAUAAUUCUAUAAAUAAUGAAACGAAUCAAACCGAAAAUUUAAUUCAGUCACACGUGUCUCCUUGCUUGCCACGUGAUAAAAUUACGAGGAAUCAAAUAACAGAUGGUGAUAAUAAUCGCAGUGAUGAAAUCAAUCCCGAUAAUGAUGAUGAUGAUGCCGAUGACACUUCGAUGAAUGUAGAUAGUACUAGAGACGAAACAAUGAUGGAAAAUUUACAAGAUCGAUUAACAUCAAUGAGAGAUGGCUUCUUAGAAAAACAUGGCAGUGAACCUGCAGUAAGCUUAACUUACUCUGAUAAAAGUUCUACCGGUGCAACUAUAUCUUUGGGAGUAGCUAAUGAAGUCAUACGGGAUAGCUAUCAUCCAGGACCAUCUGGAAGUCAAAAUUUGAGUUCUAAAUUGGUUACAUCAACGAUACCAUCAAGUAGUUAUGAUAAUAAGUCAGCAUUCAAUCAUAAAUGUGAUCAUGAACAAAUAGAGGAAGAAGAUGUUUACACUGAUAGUGAUGAUGAAGAAACGGAAAUGGCAAAGAAAAGUCAUAGGAGGGAAAGAAAUCCAAUUGAAGCAGAAAUGGAUGAAGCUGUGACAAACGCUCGAUCUUCGUUAGGCUGUGAACAAUCAUUUAACGUUGAUGGAUCAAAAGAAUUUCAUGUAAGACAAAAAUACAUGGGUCAUCGUAAUGCUAGGACUAUGAUCAAAGAAGCGAAUUUUUGGGGCAACGAUUUCGUCAUGUCUGGCAGUGACUGUGGUCAUGUCUUCAUUUGGGAUCGAGAAACAGCUAAACUUUGCAUGUUGCUGGAAGCUGAUCAACACGUUGUCAAUUGUCUGCAACCACAUCCAUACCUACCAAUGCUUGCAACUUCAGGAAUCGAUUACGAUGUUAAACUUUGGGCGCCGGUUGGUGAAGAAGCCCAUUUCAACACUAGUUUUGCAGAAGAUCUCCAGAAACGCAAUGCUGUAAUGCUUGAAGAGACCAAAGAUACAAUCACAGUACCAGCUGUAUUUAUGAUAAGGAUGUUGGCCUGCCUGAACCAAAUUCGAGGACGCGGUCGAAGAAGAAGGAGUGGUAACGAAGCUGACGAGUUAAGAGGAGGAUAA